CAGUAGAACGCUAACGUUCGCGACAUUCAAACGCUUUUCUGGGCUUCGGCUUCCGUGAAUGAAUUUGGUGUGACUUGAGUGAGGACUAAGUUGAGGAAUUUGCUAAGUAAGCAAAACUUAAUCGCUUGUUUAGAGAGCAAUCAAAGCUAUUCAACCAAAGAGUGACUUACGUAAAAUGCAGUGCUUUUAAGUCAGUUAUCCAAAUCCUAAUCAAGUGCAAGUGCAAAGAAAUUUAAACAAUCGAAACAAAUAAAAGAUGACCGCUGAGUCAUUGAAGCCAUUUUUGAGUCCGCCGAAUGCGCUGGGAACGGUGCUUACCGGUGGUGGAGACUGCCGGGACAAAAAGGCCGUGGCCAAGAAUGUGCUCACCAUCGGCGGUUCCGUGAUCCUCUUUGUGCUGUUUGCGUCCGUUAUCGGCUUGGAGAUAUGGAACGUCAACAGGAUUACGGAUCUGCAGCGGGACGUGGACAGUCUGAGGCAGCAGGUGCACGAGCUGACCACCAGCCAUCGGCGCAUCGAGAGUCUGGAGGACUUUAGCGAGUUCGAGGAGGCGUACGACACCAACGACAUCCAACCCAACUCGGACGAGUACGAGGAGGAGGAGGAGGAACCGUUCGAGGGCGGUGACAGGGACAUUGAAGAGGGCAGCACCAGCGUGUUUGGCGUUCCGGACUACCACGCCGAUGACAUUGAGACGGAAAUCAGCGUGACGGCAACGGCCUCCAGCUCCAGCUCCAACAACGUCGUCGCCGAUGGCAAACGACGAGCGCGGUCAAUUUCCGGUAUGACCUACCAGGGCGUUCCGAUCAUGGAGGAGUCGUACUUGAACCGUCAGCAGCAGCACAACCGAACUCGUCACCACCCUCGCCAGUACCAGCAGCAUCCGGGACAAGGACCCCAGUACCAGCAGAUGCGCCAACGACCGGAAGAAACGGCCUCCCCACCUCCCCAGCUGAAACUCAAAUGGGACGACGAAGGGCACAGGGAAAUUCCAUCGCGUCACCAGUUGAGCAGCUCCGGCUCCGUCGACGUCGGCAGACAUUCCGGACUCGGAAGGCACCAUCAUCGGCAGGCAGGUUCGACCACCGCCCAACCCGACGGCCCCGUUCCGUCCUACGUGCGACGCAACGAGUUUGGUCGGAGCGAAAAGUACGCCGAAAGUCUGCAGCCCAACAAGUUCGCGCCGGAUUAUACGACGAAAGCGCCGGGCCCGACCCACAACCGCCACAGCCGGGUCAUGAUUACCAACGGGGAAAACAAAUACCAGAAGGUCAUCAAGAAUCCGGGAACGUACAUGGAAUCCCGUCAGCCCCCAGUUCAGCGAGUUGGUCGCCUGAUGCGCAAAUCCGCUCCAGCCCCGCGCGUGACGGCCCUGCACCUGGUCAAGAACCACUCGCACAUCAACGAGCACCGCGCCACCGAUCACACGCGCUGGCUGUGGCACGCGGCCGACCAGGCCAACCGGGACGCCCUGACCAGCUCCGGCGUGUUCAAGCUGAGCCAGCGCGGCCUGCUGACCGUGAACGACACCGGCCUUUACUUUGUGUAUGCUCAGAUCACCUACAUGGACCAGUCGGUCAACAGUGGCUUCAGCAUCAUGGUCAACGGCCGGAAGCACGCGUCCUGCUCGGUGCACGGACAGUACAACGAAAAGGCCAACACGUGCUACACGGCCGCCCUGGUUGAUCUGGACAACAACUCCCAGAUCGAGAUCAGGGACAUGGACACCCGCAGGGCCUAUCUGCCAUACCACGAGAAGACCUUCUUCGGGCUGUACAAGCUGGGCCGGCGGCCAGUUUCGGCAACGACUGCUUAACGCAGAGAAUUGUGAAUCUUUAUUUAAACUGAAAUGAUCAAAUUGUACAUAUAGCCCUCUCUUCUUUUUUCGCUAGAAUUUUAAGUGACCCAUUUUGUAUUUGUCUUGAAUUGUUAUUAAUACGAUUAUGUAUUGAAUGUGUUAUUGCUCCUGUUGUCGUGAUAUUUAUACAAAUCCACUUGGAAAUACAGAACAGUAAUUUGUCCCCCCACAAAAA